GUAUUUGGGACAUGUAAGUGGAGAGGCAUGAACCUGAUUCAUUUCCUGAUCUGGUGAUGCUCCCCAGCCCGCCCCCAAACAGAGGCAGCACAGCCCAGGCCAGCUCUUAAGGAGUUCAGGAGUGAGAAGAGGCCCGCAGAGUUCUGACAGCCUAGAAGUGUGUGGAUGCAGCCCCAGCCCACUGAGCAGGCGUCACAGCAAGAAGACCAAGCACACAGUGACCCCUGCCCUCUAUUCUGACUGCUCCCCCUAAGAGAGAUGGCACCGAUCAGAGCAGGAUACUUUCCCUUUCUGCUGCUUCUGCUGCUGGGGCUGUGGGUGGCUGAGAUCCUAGUCGGUGCCAAGCCCAAGGGCAUGACCCCAUCUCAGUGGUUUAAAACUCAGCAUGUGCAGCCCAGCCCUCAAGCAUGUGACUCAGCCAUGAGAGACAUCAACAAGCUCACAAAACGGUGCAAAGACCUCAACACCUUCCUGCACGAGCCCUUCUCCAGCAUGGCCGCCACCUGCCAGACCCCCAACAUAACCUGCAAGAACAACCAUCAAAACUGCCACCAGAGCCACAGGCCCGUGUUCCUGACCAUGUGUGGGCUCACCACAGGGAAGUACCCGAACUGCAGGUACAAAGAGGAGCACCUGAACAAGUCUUACAUAGUGGCCUGUGACCCUCACCAGAAAAAGGACCCUCAGCAAUUCCACCUGGUUCCUGUGCACUUGGACAGAGUCCUUUAGGUUUCCAGAUCUCCUCACUCUUCGGCUGAGCCUCAGGUCCCUCUCCUGGGCUCUGUAGCACUCCUCCUACACCCAGAGCGUUCUCUUCCCCUCAUCUCUUGGGACUCUGGUUCAGCCUCUGCUGGGAGGCUGAAGCUGACACUCUGGUGACCUGAACUCUAGAGUCAUGGCCUUUCAUCUUUUUGUCGCUGUUUUCCCAGAUGCUUAUCCCAAGAAAGGGGCUGAGCAAGCUCAAGGCUGUGGGUUCCCUGGUCUCUGCCUUUGCACAUGUCUCCCUUGUCCUCUGGCAUUAUGGCAGCAUGACAAGAGGAGGAAAUACAUGGAAAAGGGGC